CAAGUCGGCUAUAGUCUCCCUCUCUCGGGAUUUGUUUUGAGAGAAAGAGCGUUGUUUCUGUACAGCAAAAGAAAACGUGUGUAUAUUGGUUAUUUUGAAUGCGCUUGGAGAAAGUUACAUUUGACAUUUUUCUUGCAAAAACGCGGACACAAUGUGACAAUGUUGACCAGCAGACUGGGUUAUCCAUGACGGAUUGGUAAAGAGCUGUUCAUUAAUCAAGGAAAAGGGACGUAGAAAUGGGGAAACUUCAGUCCAAACAUGCGGGCAAACGUAGAGAGAACCCCGAAGGAGACAGUUUUGUUGUGAACGCUUUCCUCCGAAGAGCGAUGGGGGACUGUGAGAUAUACAGCUCCUCAGAUCACAGACUGAACAACAUUCAGGAGUUUCCACAUAGUGAGCUGAAGGGGAGACAGCUCUUAGACCAUCACUGUCCUCUAGAGGUGGAUCUCCCUCCAGAGAAGGCUGCUGAGGGCUGUGACAGUUACCUGCAGUCCCCCCACACAGACCCAGGGCCAGACAGGCAGCUACCGAGAGGAGGGGACGCAGGCAAAGUCUCUGGGAAGAAACGCAUCAGCCUGGAUGACCUCGAGUGUGACGUAUCAGUGGAGGAAGAUAAUCGUCAGGAAUGGAUCUUCACCCUCUAUGAUUUUGACAACAGUGGCAAAGUUACUAAGGAGGACAUGUCCAGUCUGAUGCACACCAUCUAUGAUGUGGUGGACGCUUCGGUCAAUCACUCGUCCUGCCACAGUAAGAGGAGGACCCUACGGGUCAAGCUGACCGUCGCCCCAGAGCCCAGUGCUCGGAGGAGAGACCACAUCUCCACUGGCCCAGACCGGGAGUCAGGACGCCUUCACCAGGAGGAGGGACGAUCAGCAGACAGACGGCUUUCUUCUCAUAUCAGGCCAGCCCUCCCAGGCCAGAGCAGUGAGGGACAGCAUUACUGUGUGGAUGAGAACACUGAGAGGAGGAAUCACUAUCUGGACCUAGCUGGUAUAGAGAACUACACCUCCAGGUUUGAAGGAUCCACCCCUCCCCCCCCCCCCCAGGAGACCCAUCUGCAGACCUCCCAGUCCCAGAACCGCUCCCGUUCCCAGGAGCCCGAGGCCCACGCCGCCCACGCCCACCAGCGCCGCUCGCAGGUCAUCAGUGAGAACUACACCCCUCUAGAAGCCCGGGGUCGGGGCGCGUCACACUUCCUGAAGUCCCCCAGAGGAACAUCUAAAGGAUCCGGCAUCGGAGGGACCACUGGGGGACUUGAAAGGGCCAAGUCUAGUAAAUACCACGCUGGGGGUCAUUACCCUCCUCAGCCUCCUCCUCUCCAGACCCUGCUGCAUACAGGGACCUCCUCAUCUGGGGGUCAUUACCCUCCCCAGCCUCCUCCUCUCCAGACCCUGCUGCAUACAGGGACCUCCUCAUCUGGGGGUCACGGAGGUCAGGAUGUGUACCAUCUCCCCUCCUCCAGCCACCACCAGCACCCUCUGCAGCACAGCCACAGCAAACGGCUCCGGGCCAAAGCCAGGGAGGGUCAGGGCCUGUCGCCGUCCAAAACGCCCCUGUCACCUCACUCCAAUCCCCAGCAUCAGCAUCAGGGUCCCCCUCCUCCCUGUCUGGAGAGGGAGAAGGAGAGGGAGCAGGGGUCUGGGCUGCCCGGCAGCCCUGGGUCCUUUGUGUUGCCUCUGGUGCAGCGUCACGAGCACCGACACCACCACGAACACCACCAUCACCACCACUACCACCACCACCACCAGACAUGACCCAAUAGGACGCCAGUCACAGUAACAGUCAGAGACUGAGAGACCUUUAAAGGGCCGACUGACCACACCCGUCUGUCUGAAGAAGGACUCAACCUCCUCGCCCAAUGGGAAUGUCUCCACUUCUGUCCUGAGGCUGCCCAAUCUGAGGUGGCACCCUAUUCCCUAUAUAGUGCACCACUUUUGACCAGAGCCCUAUUGGUUAGCCCUAACUCUAACCCUGUAGACGUUUGCCAAAUGUGGUGCACUAUAUAACAAGGUGCCAUUCAGACAGCCCAGGAUCUGAACCCUCCUCCAUUUCGUGCCAGGCAGGCUGCCAGAGCCAGACAGUUUCCCUGAGAUAUCCUGGGAUCAGACACACUGAUGGAAACUGGAGUGUGGCUGACUUGACUGCUGUGGUUAUUCCAUUGUAAAGGGUUGCUGAAGACACGGUGGUGCAGUUUUGUAAGACGUUUUCUAUGGCACAGUUCUGAAUCUGAAUCAAAUGAGGUUAAACGUCCUGCUGGACCAAGCUACUCCUCUCUACGCGUGGACCUUCACAAAGGGAGAACAGAUACAGUACAGCUCUAUGUGGACAGAGGUCAGAGGUCAUCAAAAGUGACAUCAUUUCCUCCUUGGUGUUGACCCAUAGAUUUUCUUGUUCCCAGAAGCUAGGUACUGUCUCCUUCGUCCCAAAUGACACACUAUUCCAUUUUAUAGUAUACAACCUUUAACCAGGGAUCAUAGGACUCUAGUCUAAAGUAGUGCACUAUUUAGGGAAUAGCGUGACAUUUGGGACACUGCCUCUCCGUGUGUCUUGUGUGUAGGAGAGCUUUCCUCCCAACGGUGUAUCUCAGGUGUUAGGUGCUGCUCCUUAGCUGUUCUCUCUACUACUUCCUCAUUGGAACCGGAACCCUGCUGUUGGGGUUCCAGAACCAGAGGAACGAUAUCAAAUCACCACUGACAGUUUUAAUGCAAGAAAUAUCUAGCUAUGUAAGCAUUCACAUCUGUAUAUGUAUACACAUUUUACUGUAAUAAUACUGUAUUUAUAUGCAUGUUAUUUCAUCAUGAAUUAUAAUGAUGCAUAUAUGUCUUUUGUCGUUGAUGUAUUUUAAUAAACAUUAUAUAUACUGUA